AUGCGCAGAGUAUCACUCACGGAGCUGCUGAGGGGACAGGGUCUCACGACUACGCUGCUGCUGCUGGCGCGGACCACCACUGGACCCACUCCUCUGCGCAGAGCCGCGACCAGCUCCACCGCUGCCGCCGCUAUCUCCGCCGCAUCCGCCACCCCCGCCGCCUCCGCCACCCCCGCCGCCUUCGCCACAUCCGCCGCUUUCGCUCCCUCGGCCACCGCCGCCACCGCCUCCGCCUCCACUGCUGCCACCAACACCUCCACCCCCGCCACCACUCCCACCACCACUCCCACCCCCUCCACUGCCUCCACCACCACCUCCACCGCCCCCGACAGCCCCUCCAGCGCCCUUGCCCCCCUUGCCCUUGCCGGUGCGGCGUCUCUCGCUAGGGGCAGACGCAACGCCGACCGACUCGAAACCAACGAGGUCGGCCGUAGCAGCAGAAGCAACAGAAGGCAAGAGGGGGGAAGAGGAACACCCCUCAAAGACGGGGCAACUAUGGGAAAGGCAGCAAGGUCAGGGAAGAUGUAUGGUAGCAUGAGGCGGCUCAGCGCAGGAGUGACAGGGGAAGAGUAG